AUGAAGGACUUUAGUGCUGGUCUGAACGCAGACUACCAAAAGCCUUGUUUCGGUCGCAAACGCAAAGAUAAAACCGAGAUUGAAAAUAAGCCAUCUCGUUGGCUGCACGAUACCUUCUUUUCGUGUGUGAGCAAGUUCCUCACGCGUUCAGAGGAGCGUUUCUGCCGCGAAAGUCUUGGCGACGUCUUCGACCUAUCGGAGCUGAGGACAAAAACGCGGGCAGCUGUAAGUUUCUUUGUCGCGAAGUACAUAAAGACCGUGCCGACGCCACUGUCUGUCCCGGAUUGUGAUAUUUUCCUAGAGUUGUACCGCACUGGCGGCAAUCCCAUAAAGUUUGUGCCUGUGAUCGAUACCGGGUUCGUAACAUGA